GGAUCAAGAACAGGAGUCCAUCUCGAUCCUCAUACACUAGACGUCUAUACUCCUAGACUUGAUGCAGCCGAUAUUUCAGAUCACAGACAAGUCUACGUUGGUGUCCAUUUACCAUUACAGAAUAACGCCAGCAGUCGAUCGUCGAGAAGAACCAAAGACCGUGGUUCGAGUAGUAGACGCCAUCACCACCGGCAUGGACAUCGCAGAAAACACAAAAGUGAGCCACAAACWACAGAAGCUGAUCAAGUCUCUGCUCUCCCUUCUGAGCGAGUACGAUUCAUUCUUGGAGGCCAAGAGUUUGAGGUAGAGGGUCAUCAAAUCUUUGCUGAGCUUGAUGAGUAUCAAGUUAAUGACGAUGGUAAUGGAGUCUGGAAGGAAUCAGCACGAUGGCUGAAGUUUGAGGAAGACGUUGAAGAAGUUGGUAAUCGGUGGAGUAAACCACAUGUUGCCACGCUCUCUCUUUACAGUCUCUUUGAGUUGCGGAGCUGUUUACUGCAUGGAACAGUACUGCUUGAUUUAAAUGCCUCCAACUUGGAACAAAUAUGUGAUUUAAUCCUGGAUGAUUUGGUCUACACAAACCAAUUAGAGCAUGAAAAUCGUGCAAAGACCAAAGAGGUCCUUCUACAAAGACAUGUCCAUCAGUUUGAGAGAUCUGCAACCAAAAAACCUAAAACGUCCAAAAGUUUUGGCCAGCAUCUGGCAAACUUUGGGUCAAGAAAAUCUUCUGCUCCAAACUUAGAGGCAAUGGAGAAGAAAAAACCUGUAAUAGAAGGAUCAAAAUCUGUACCGUUCAAUCUAACAGCUCUCCAAGAAGAACCAGAGCCGGUGAGGGCAUUUCCUUACAUCCCUUCUGCUGUGUCUCUUGUUGGACAGGAAACAGAAUCUGUUGAAGAUGAAGAAUGCAAAGAUGAAUUCAUAGAUACGUUUGAUCACAACUUCAUGAAGAAGAUCCCCAGUGGAGCAGAAGCGUCCAAUGCACUUGUAGGAGAAGUAGACUUUCUCAAAAAGCCUCUGAUUGCAUUCGUUCGUCUUGAAAACAGUCUUGUUCUUGGAGACUUGACUGAAGUUCCUCUCCCAACAAGGUUCAUGUUUAUUAUGCUUGGUCCACCAAGUACUCCAGGAAGAUAUCAUGAGGUUGGCAGAGCAAUAGCAACAUUAAUGUGGGACAUCUUUCAGUUUGAUCACAACUUCAUGAAGAAGAUCCCCAGUGGAGCAGAAGCGUCCAAUGCACUUGUAGGAGAAGUAGACUUUCUCAAAAAGCCUCUGAUUGCAUUCGUUCGUCUUGAAAACAGUCUUGUUCUUGGAGACUUGACUGAAGUUCCUCUCCCAACAAGGUUCAUGUUUAUUAUGCUUGGUCCACCAAGUACUCCAGGAAGAUAUCAUGAGGUUGGCAGAGCAAUAGCAACAUUAAUGUCAGAUGAAAUUUUCCAUGAAGUGGCUUACAGAGCUAAUUGUCGUGAAGAUCUCUUGUCUGGUAUUGACGAGUUUCUUAUGCAGGUAACAGUUUUGCCUCCAGGAGAAUGGGACCCUUCAAUUCGCAUUGAACCACCAGCAACAAUCCCCUCACAAGAAAAGAGACUGGAAUGGGGAAACAAAUGCGAUGAAGAUCAUGAUCCUGCUGACAGAGAGGAACAUCUCAGGAGAACAGGAAAGGUGCUGUAGAGCAAAUGUUGGCAUGUUCAAUUGGAGGGGUACUGUUUUCUCUGUUUGGUGGUCAGCCAUUGAUCAUUCUUGGCGCUACAGGUCCAAUGCUUGUGUUUGAGGAAAUCAUCUAUUCAUUCUGUAUAAUGGCCAACCUAGAGUACCUUCCCUUCAGGAUGUGGAUAGGAAUAUGGACUAUGUUGUUUUGUUUCAUUCUUGUAGUCACUGACGCUAGUUCCUUGGUGUGUUACUUCACUCGUUUCACGGAAGAAUGCUUUGCAACUCUCAUUGCACUUAUUUUCAUUGUAGAAGGGUUUUCUAAACUGUGGCAUGUAAAGAAUGACCACCCGAUAUCAAUAGGCUAUACGGACCAUCAUUCCUGUGCMUGUACAAAAUCAAAGGAGUACAUGGUCUCAAAUUGGGUCAAUGGAACCAUGGUUAACAGUACAGUGACAAAUCAGACCAUGUUUGAUGUACCUGUACAAGACUGUGAACUACUGGGUGGUACACUAUCUGGSUUGGCAUGUGAUGAGAAUGUGUUUUUUCUAUCCGCCAUUCUCACACUUGGUACAUUUACUCUAACUAUUUCACUCAAGAAUUUUCGCACAAGUCCAUACUUCCCUACCAAGUUACGUGCRAAAGUUUCUGACUUUGCUGUCCUGAUAUCAAUUCUUGUUUUUGUUGGAAUUGACUAUAUGUUUGGCGUAAACACGCCCAAGCUUAAAAUCCCUCUCAGUUUUCGGCCAACCGCUGGUAGCAAAAGAGGCUGGUUGGUUCCUCCUCUUGGUCGCAAUCCUGGCUGGAUUAUUAUUGCUGCAGCAAUACCUGCAAUACUUGCUACCAUUUUAGUAUUUAUGGAUCAACAAAUUACUGCAUUGAUUGUAAAUAGAAGAGAACACAAACUUAAGAAAGGUGCUGGCUACCAUCUUGAUUUGUUGUUAGUUGCUAUUAUUAUUGGAAUUUGUUCAGUGUUUGGUCUACCGUGGGUCGUCGCUGCCACGGUAUUAUCUGUUUCUCAUGUUCAAAGCUUAUUUGUUGAGUCCCAGUGCACCGCACCUGGCGAAAAAACCAAAUUCCUUGGUGUUAGGGAGCAGCGUGUUACUGGAACUGUUAUUUUUUUGUUGAUUGGUGUGUCUGUAUUAUUAACCCCAAUUCUCAAGGUUAUUCCUAUGCCCGUAUUAUUUGGUCUGUUUCUUUAUAUGGGAUUCUCAGCCUUAAAAGGACUUCAGUUCUUCGAGCGUCUUAAAAUCAUUUUCAUGCCAGCCAAGCAUCAGCCUGACUUGAUUUACCUGCGCCGUAUUAAGAUAAAGCGUGUGCACCUGUUUACUGUCAUACAAUGUACAUGUUUAAUAGUACUAUGGGCCAUCAAAUCUACACCAGCAGCACUUGUGUUUCCCAUUAUGGUUUUGAUGCUUGUUGCUGUCCGUAAAAUCAUGGAAAAGUUCUUUACAAAGCACGAGCUUGAGGUACUYGAUGACUUGAUGCCAGAAACAAUUAAGAAGAAGAAACUCACCGAGUCAAUGGCUGACGGUAUUGAAGGAGACGCGCCUUGCGAUGGCAGUGAGAGUGGAGAGGAGGACGAGGUCGAUGGUGAAAAAAAGGAGGCUGUUCAAGCCAACGGACCUCCGCAGGUCGAAAUACCAAUAAAUAUCUCAGAGGAAAUGACGAAAAGCUCGUUGUGGAAAUCUUUUGCAAAAGAUAGGAAGGACAGUUGCGGAUCCAAACAACGUAGUAAAAAUGACAGGCAUCAUGGCUCAUCACGCAGUAAACAUAGACACAAACAUGGCAAACAYAGGAAUAAACACCGGGACAAAGACAGGGACCAAGGACUGUGGUUCUCGGCCGAUAAGAAACGGUAUUAUGACGAUGAACACGACAGUUGUGAACUUAGACGUUUAACUGCCAUUGAGGAGGAUCCGGUUGUAGACCCCAAGGAGUCGGCUGAUGUCCCUGAAGUCGUAAUUUCCAUGCCAUCGUCCAAUGGAAUUGAAUCUUCUAAAGAUAAAAAUGAAUGAUUGACAAUUGAAUUGUUAGGAUCGAAUCUUCUUGUCAAGUGAGAUCAUCCGAAUUCCUUUUGAGCGGAGCUCUGGACAUAAAUCAAUUAAUUAUUCAUCACGAGGUUUUUUUUCAGUUAUUUUGACAAUCUAGUUUUGUUUCAAGUGAUCAUCACAAAUUCUCUAACAAGAAAACACUGAGAUCACCGCGACUCCAAAUCAAUCGCACGCGUUCACAGGUGUCAAAAUAUAGUAGAAACAAACAAACAAACUAGUCGAGGUGAAACCGAACACUUCUAUUCCUAACAUUSACUUGCUGACGGUUUUUGGUCAAUAACGUUCUAUGAUUUGUGUUUAUUAGCUGCAAAGCCAGCUCGUCAUAUUUGGAAUUCAGGGUUUGAGGUCCAAAUGGGGUUUGUUUGAUUACAUUGGAAUGAUUGUUAGAUUUAAAUCAGAGGGAUCGCGACCGUCUUCUUGAAAUAUUCGUUUAAAUUUCUACGCCGUCAGUCAAGAAAAUUGCCAAUCGUUCGUAGUCCACCUUUCACAUAAAUUAGAAUUCUGUUCAAGGGUUUCCGCUUGUUUACAUGAUUUGUUCCUCCUGGCACUCCCAUCAUGCAUUGUAAAUAAUAGCAUGGAUGUCUACAAGAUCUGUUAGAAUAGUGAAUAGAAAUACGUGCUUACUAAUUGACUUCCCAUUUUUUCCUCUUGAAAUUCCUAUAUACAUGUAAAUUUGCUGAUCACUGUAUAAUAUUGAUAGUGAUAUGUCAAUCACUGACGCAUCAUUUCCAUAGUCUGUAMAUAUCGCUACGUACUCGCUUUUUACGGAUUUUUUUAUCGAUGACUGACUUUUUCUACUACUGGUGUACUGGUGUUAUUUACGUGUAGAGAGCAUGUGGACAGGCAUUUUACUCUGUGUUGAAUUGUCAAGUCUGGCAACUACUAUUCAUUCUUGCAAAUAUUUUGAAAGCUAAAAUCGUCUUCUCGGGGAAGGGAAGGGUAGGUAAUAAUAGAGUAAAAUAUAGAGAACAUAAAUGUUUGGAACUUUAUUUAUUUUCAGUAAUUUGCCCAAAGUAUAUUUUUAGUCAGUAAUGGAAUAUAUAUCGUUGUAUUAUCUCACACUGUUAUAAUUUUAUGCGUGUAACAAUCGCUAAAAUCUCCGAAUCAGAGCUCGCGUUAUUAGUCUUACAGACCAAAAUCGCCUGGCUUUUUCAGUUGAUCUGAGUUAAAUAUGUCAAAAUAUUUUCUUUCCACUAAGGUUGAUUGAAGCAAUAAAGGAUUAAUAAUAUUUUCAGUUUA